AUGGAUGUGCAGAUCUCCAGAGCUCUGCUUCUGUUUAUUGUGCUGUGUUCAGACACUGAGAUCAGCUGGGCUUGUAAUGGCACCGAGCACAGAUUCGGAUCAGCACAGGACUCACACUGGUGCUAUGAGUGCAGGGGUUUGGGGAGUUACUGUCCGGAGAAACCACUGUUCUGUCCCAUCGGAUUGUCCAAGUGCAUGAGUACAACAACCAUAUUACAAAUCGGUGACACAGCUAUAAAAAUGAAGCAAAAGGAAUGCAUUGAAGACUGUCAAGACAGCUCGGUGAACUAUGGCAUAUUAAAACAGCGUUUCUCCUGCUGCGGCACUCGUCUCUGUAACUACAGAGAUGCUCCAGAUCCCAGGACUAACGCUCCCAAUGGAAGGACAUGCUACUCCUGCGAUGGACAGAGCUGUUCAAACACCGUCAGCUGUUCAGGGACUGAAGACCGCUGCAUUACAGCAACUGUGACUUACAGAGGCCCACCAAUGCUUGUCAAAGGCUGUGCCUCUAAAUAUAUUUGUGGGGCUCUAAAAUGUUCUUUUAUUCGGGACGUCUCAUGUUGUGAGGGGGACCUAUGUAACGGGGAUAAGAGGGUCAACCAGAGAGUUGCAUAUAACGAUGCUAAGAGCGUCAAUCAGAGCUUCCUGUUCCUCUGCUGUUCUCUGCUCUUCUACUUCCUGUGUCUCUGA